AUGGUGGCUUUAUGUUGGUAUUUUGGCUCGUUUCUCCUCCUUGACUUGGUGACCAUGCCACUGAGCACCGAAGCGGGCCACAGUUCAGCCAUGGAAGUCUUCAGAGACAAUUUCAUUAUCCCACCCAGGCCAGAGGCAUCCAUACAUCAACACAGUCAUCACAGAAAGCACAGAGGUCACAAGGAGAGGAAGACAGCAGGUCAGCUCAGAGAGAGGCCCCACAUUACUGCGCUCCAGACUCAAAAUGAAGGGCCAAACCUCAGUCCCGUCUGCUUAGAGAUGGAGCCAGAUAAAAGACGGAUAAUCACUCCGAAUAGAAACUCCAUGGGGUUUGAUUCUUUAAUUCCAGAGAAAAUGAAUAUUUCUCCUGGUUCUGAGACUCCUGAGAAGGCAAUGAGACAUCCCACUGGUCGCAAUAUGUUUGGAGGGCACUUCGUUAGGACUCAUGAUGAAGAGUCUUUGGCAGGAACGAAACGGAGGGUUUCUUUUGAUCAAAGGCUCAAUAAAAACUCCUUUUGGAGUCCCACAGAGCCAGUGUUCCCUGCAGCCACCGUUGGCUCCUUCAUAUCGCCCGUAUUUGCAGCAGUUGGUGGGGAGCCCGCCACAAAGCCAACCCCCUCCAGAAAACCACAGGUCAGAAGUUAUUUAGGUGGAGAUGUGACGCCCACUUUCGACAUGGCAUUCUUUGACUGGACUGAUUAUGAAGAUAUGAGGCAUCCACACAAAAAGCAAUUUUCUAAGAAGCGCGGUUCUGACAAACAGGCCACAAAAAGCCCCAGCACUGAACCUGUGACACUUACAUCAGAUAUGAGCUGCAAACAUCACCAAGAUUGUCUGCCAGGGUCCUGCUGCAACCUCAGGACACAUGUAUGUGAGCUCCACAACCGUGGCUUCAACAACAAGUGCUAUGAUAACUGCAUGUGUGAGGAAGGGCUUCGGUGCUAUGCUAAAUUACACAGGCAUUACCGCAUCACUCGCAAAAAGGGACAGUGUGUUGAUCCUGAGGGUAUAAGCUUAAACCGUGGCAUGUUCAUUAUGGUUUAAACGAGGCAGGAGAAUUUGUCAUAUUGUCCUUUCCAAAUGCAUGCUUUUAUAUUUCACUGUGUUGGAACAUUUUAUAUUCAUCCUUGUCAAUGUUCUUCAUAUAUAUCCUAUUAUUGCUUUCUUAGAUAUAAUUGUUUGCGAAAUUUGUAAAAUAAGACCGAUGAUGAUAAUUGCAGGAGAACAUGUUAUGUAUACCAGCAAAGCCAGUUGAUUCAAAUGAAUGAAUAUUGAGCUACUGUGUGUGUAUGUGUGAUAUUAAGAUUGUCAUUGUGAAAAUAAAUAAAUAAUUGUAUUCAUUGAAAGCUAUUGCAUGAAGACAUAAGUAGUUUGCAUUUUGUGUUCAUGUGGUUGAGUGUUGAGUUAUAGAUCAACUUGACUUGAGCAUGCAAAGACAGUCUAUUUAAUGUCGCAACUGCAUCGUCUGCCAGGGCCCCAGCUUCCAGUCAGACGAGCAGUUUCUGAAUGGACAUACAAAGAAGGACACAAGGGAGAUCUCCAUCCAUCUCACAUUAUUAAACCAUUAAAUCUUCCUUUCAGCUCGAAUCUGAAUUACUCUACAACUGCUUGUGCUAUGCUACAAUAAUGCUUUUCAUCAUGCUCAUUGAGAGCCAUGCAGUUG